GAGUUUAAAAUCUUACUGUGGCAUUUAUAAUCAGAAUUGGGACCAGAGCAAUUAAUGUUUUAUUUCUUCACUUCCACUUAAUGAUCUGUUGGUCACCAUGAGGACAUACUUAAGAUUCACUCAUCCUGUACUAUGGUGGAGCCUCUGGUCAAAUUACCACGCAGAGGACUGAAGGAGCUCCAGCAGUCCUUGCUGAGUACUUAACUGACCUACCAGAAGCUUUCCCACGUCUUUUAAUCUUAAGGACACUGGUAUCAGCACUUCACAGAGGAGCAUGAAGUUCGGAGGAACAAUGCAUCCACAGCCCCAGGAAAUGAGCUCCAAACGAGAAUGGAAGCCCCUGGAGGACCGUAGCUGCACGGACAUACCAUGGCUGCUGCUCUUUGUCCUCUUCUGCAUUGGAAUGGGAUUUAUUUGUGGCUUUUCAGUAGCAACAGGUGCAGCAGCGAGACUAGUGUCAGGAUACGACAGUUACGGAAAUAUCUGUGGGCAGAGAAAUGCAGAGUUGGAAGCAAUACCAAACAGUGGCAUGGACCACACCCACCGGAAGUAUGUGUUCUUUUUGGAUCCAUGCAAUCUGGACUUGAUAAAUCGGAAGAUCAAGUCUGUAGCACUUUGUGUGACAGCGUGUCCGACACAAGAAUUGAAAACCUUGAGUGAUGUCCAGAAAUUUGCAGAGAUUAACGGCUCAGCACUAUGUGAAUACAGCCUAAAGCCUUCUGAAUACACUCUACCUUUAAAGUCUUCUUCUCUUUGCCCCAAACUACCAGUUCCAGCGAGUGCACCUAUUCCAUUCUUCCAUCGCUGUGCUCCUGUGAACAUUUCCUGCUAUGCCAAGUUUGCAGAGGCCCUGAUCACCUUUGUCAGUGACAAUAGUGUCUUACACAGGCUGAUUAGUGGAGUAAUGACCAGCAAAGAAAUUAUAUUGGGACUUUGCUUGUUAUCACUAGUUCUAUCCAUGAUUUUGAUGGUAAUAAUCAGGUAUAUAUCAAGAGUACUUGUAUGGAUCUUGACAAUUCUGGUCAUACUGGGUUCACUUGGUGGCACAGGUGUGCUGUGGUGGCUUUAUGCAAAGCAAAGAAGGUCCCCCAAAGAAACAGUUAUUCCUGAACAGCCUCAGAUAGCUGAAGAUAAUCUGCGGGCCCUCCUCAUCUAUGCCAUUGCAGCGACAGUGUUCACUGUUAUUUUGUUCCUGAUAAUGCUGGUUAUGCGCAAGCGUGUAGCUCUCACCAUCGCCUUGUUCCACGUGGCUGGCAAGGUCUUCAUACACCUGCCGCUGCUAGUCUUCCAGCCCUUCUGGACGUUCUUUGCUCUUCUCUUGUUUUGGGCGUACUGGAUCAUGACACUUCUUUUUCUUGGUACCACUGGCAGUGCUGUUCAGAAUGACCAAGGCUUUGUGGAGUACAAAAUUUCUGGACCUCUGCAGUACAUGUGGUGGUACCAUGUGGUCGGCCUGAUUUGGAUCAGUGAAUUUAUUCUUGCGUGUCAGCAGAUGACUGUGGCAGGAGCUGUGGUAACAUACUAUUUUACUAGGGAUAAAAGGAAUUUGCCAUUCACACCUAUUCUGGCAUCAGUGAAUCGCCUUAUUCGCUACCACCUUGGUACUGUGGCAAAAGGAUCAUUCAUUAUCACAUUAGUCAAGAUUCCACGAAUGAUCCUAAUGUACAUUCACAGUCAGCUUAAAGGAAAGGAAAAUGCUUGUGCACGAUGUGUGCUGAAAUCUUGCAUCUGUUGCCUUUGGUGUCUUGAAAAGUGCCUAAAUUAUUUAAAUCAGAAUGCAUACACAGCCACAGCUAUCAAUAGCACCAACUUCUGCACCUCAGCAAAGGAUGCCUUUGUCAUUCUGGUGGAAAAUGCUUUGCGAGUGGCCGCCAUCAACACAGUGGGAGACUUCAUGCUAUUCCUAGGCAAGGUGCUGAUAGUCUGCAGCACGGGUUUGGCUGGGAUUAUGCUGCUCAACUACCAGCAGGAUUACACAGUAUGGGUGCUGCCUCUGAUCAUCGUCUGCCUCUUUGCUUUCCUAGUCGCUCAUUGCUUCCUGUCCAUUUACGAAAUGGUAGUGGAUGUAUUAUUCUUGUGUUUUGCCAUUGAUACAAAAUACAAUGAUGGGAGCCCUGGCCGAGAAUUCUAUAUGGAUAAAGUGUUGAUGGAAUUUGUGGAAAACAGUAGGAAAGCAAUGAAGGAAGCUGGUAAGGGAGGCGCUGCUGAUGCCAGAGAGCUAAAGCCCAUGGCUUCGGGAGCAAGUUCUGCUUGAACCUAGCCGACCGUUAUGGAACCCAUUGACAUUCCAAAACAAUAUAUACACAUAACUAUGUAUUUGUGUGUGUGGGUGUGUGUAUAUAUGUAUAUGUAUGUGUGUAUAUAUGUGUAUGUAUAUACACACACACACAUAAUCAGCCAAAAUCAGAGAAAAGGAACAGGGAUUUAAUACCUUUUUUAUGCUUAUUUUUGUCAAACAUGUACUUCUUUCAUACGGGUGGCUUUUACAAGGCAACUUCCGUCAUUCAAUGUUUUCAAUUGUAAUUGUCUUAAUGGAAAUGUUAGAUUCAUAUCUGAUUAACAUUUUUAAUAACGAGAGGAAAUUUUAACUUCAGUUACUUAACCUAAGUAAAAUUAGUGUACUAAAUUCUUGUGUCAAAUUUUUUCAGAGGCAAUGCUCUGAUGUGCAUUCAAAAUCAAAAUCUUAUUUCACUGAUGCAUGAGUCCUGGUGCAUCAAGACUAGGCAUGUGCUUUCAGAUAAAUAAGAGGUUUCUCCCAUCAGUUUUCCCUCCUCAAAGAAGCCAUGCCACUUUCCUUUCAGAACUCUCCGAGCGGGCCCCUUACGUGAAUGUUCAUGAUUCCUCAUGCAUUUGUCAGCCGACAUUAAAAAGUAACCAACUCCUCAGGUAUUUGUAGUUUACCCUAAUGCUUCUAUAAAAGAACGUAGGAAAAAAAGAGAAAAGGGUAGAUAAUCUUUCUUAUGCAAACUUUUUUCUUAUAGUUUGUCUUUCUUUCCUGUUUGAUUUUUAGUAGUAUCCACCACACAUUUGUGUGCCUGAUUUGAAAGGAAGCUGGGGCACCCAGCAAGUUUAGCCUUUAAGUUUGUGUAUAUUGAUUUUCAGCUUAAGUAAUGCUAGGUGGGAUUUUUUUUUUAAAGGGAGAGAAAUACGAAGCAUGAAGCAUUGAAAAUUCCAAAUGCUUUGGCUUCUGUUUCAGAGGCAAGUCAGUAGCUUAGGGUUAAACAGCCGUUAUUCAAAUGCUUGCUAUCAAAUCUGAACAUACUGACAGGUGCUCCACUCCUUGGUAAUUCAUUGAGUAUCCAGAGUUCUACAAUGUUUAACUGAAGAAUUGGUUAGUGUUUUGAUCCUCAAGUGCGAAUGUUCUUUAUGUUUGGGGGUAGGUUUGGGGUUCUUUGUUGUUGUUUUAAUUUUAAUUCCUGAAGCUUACCAGAUAUGAAUGGCUAAUAUUCCACUGUUCUGCUUAUUGUAAUGGUGAAUGCUUUAAGAAAAAAAGUGUAAUUUGCUAAGAAUAAUUCAUGAUCUGUUUAUGCGAUAACUCCUUUUUGUUACAAUUUUUUUAAAAAAAGCUAUUUUUGUUAAUGUAAAGUAAAUAUUUCAGAGCAAAUUUUUUAAACUUAUUGCACUAAAUACAGGCUCUGGUUAAAAAAAAAAAAAAAAAGCCUCAGCAUUUAUCAUUCCAUGGAAGGAGAAUCUUUUGAAAGAAAGCAUUUCCUCCUAUCAGAACCAGAUGGUGUUUAGACUGGUAUUGUGGAAAUACGUUCAAUUAAUGUCCCGAGGACUUAAUAAGCAGCUGUUUGCUAAUGUGCUUCCUUUCAAAGGGUUGGACCUUUAAAUUGCUGCAAAAGGUAAAUUGUAUUUUUUUUUUUAAGUAUCGGUGUUCUUUAGCUAGGCUAAAAUUUGCUAAAUGCCUUUGUUUCUUUUCAAAGCUCAUAAAUAUUUCUGAAGUUUCAGAAUACUGCAAUAAGAGUCUAGAUGAAAACAACAAACCACACACACACAGUUAAGAGUUCAUGUCUUAGCAGGAUCUGGAAAAGCAACCUUGUGAGCAGAGCUAUUUUGAAACAGUUAUUCUCCAGAAGUUAACAUCUAGUGUUGCCAAAUAGUACUGUACUUUUAUAUCAUUGGAAAUGGAAUAUCAUUAUGUAACUAACAACUGUCCUACUAGGUGAGAGAGAAAAUCAUGUAAGAAAAAUCAGCUUACCUGUGAUUCAUAACCACACAGAUUUUUGGAUAUUCAGAAACAUUGAGAACUAAGUUUAGAAUGGGCAGAAGCCUGGAAGAUGGGUCUCAACCCAGAAGACAGUCCAGGAGCUAGUUUAGGAGGUGUCCCUCCAAAGUGACCUGAUGAAGUCUUGAACUUGGAAACCAGGUUCUGCUCACUUGGACAUGCCUGCCUCAUGGACUCUCGCUGCCCCUGUUCCAUGUGCUCGCAAUUCCAGCUAUUGGAAACCACCAGGAAUGCUUUCUAAUUAUCAUUUGCAACUAGAACUGUAAUCAGAAAGAAAUUUUGUAUUUUUGUAUAACUUGAUUGUGUGCCAUUUUAUAUAACAGGUCCUGUUUUACAAAUAAAUUUUGUUUUACUAA